GCGGCCGGCGGCGCAGGAGGCCGGGGCCAUGGCGCUGGACGGGAUCCGCAUGCCGGACGGCUGCUACGCCGACGGGACGUGGGAGCUGAGCGUCCAUGUCACCGACCUGGGCCGCGACGUCACCCUGCGGGUCACCGGCGAGAUCCACAUCGGCGGCGUCAUGCUGCGCCUCGUCGAGAAGCUCGAUGUCAAGAAGGACUGGUCGGAUCACGCGCUGUGGUGGGAAAAGAAGAAAACUUGGCUCCUUAAAACGCACUGGACGUUGGAUAAAUACGGGAUACAGGCGGAUGCCAAGCUCCAGUUCACCCCUCAGCACAAGCUGCUCCGCCUGCAGCUGCCCAACAUGAAGUACGUCAAGGUGAAAGUCAACUUCUCCGACAGGGUCUUCAAGGCUGUUUCUGACAUCUGCAAAACGUUCAACAUCAGGCAUCCAGAAGAACUCUCCCUUUUGAGGAAACCCAGAGAUCCAUCGAAGAAAAAAAAGAAGAAGUUGGAUGAUCAGUGUGAAGACGACGCCUUUGAGCUGGAGGGUCCUCUGAUCACGCCGGGGUCUGGCACCGAUAUUCUUUACAUCGGCCCCGUCAAAGGAAAUAUCUAUUCAAGCCCAGGACUGUAUAGCAAAACGAUGACGCCGACCUACGACGCUCACGACGGCAGCCCCCUGUCACCCACCUCGGCCUGGUUCGGCGACAGCGCCCUGUCCGAAGGGAAUCCGGGAAUCCUGGCCGUGAGCCAGCCCGUCACCUCCCCAGAGUCCUUAGCAAAAAUGUACAAGCCCCAGACGCUGCUCGAUAAAGCCAAAAUCAACCAAGGGUGGCUGGAUUCGUCCCGAUCCCUGAUGGAGCAGGAGGUGAAGGAAAAUGAGGCUUUGCUACUCCGGUUCAAGUACUACAGCUUUUUUGACUUGAAUCCAAAGUACGACGCCAUCAGGAUCAACCAGCUGUACGAGCAGUCCAAGUGGGCGAUCCUGCUGGAGGAGAUCGAGUGCACGGAGGAGGAAAUGAUGAUGUUCGCAGCACUGCAGUACCACAUCAACAAGCUGUCCAUCAUGUCCUCGGAAAACCACCUGAACAACAGCGACAAGGACGUGGAUGAGGUGGACGCUGCGCUCUCGGAUCUGGAAAUCACCUUGGAAGGGGGCAAGACGUCCACGAUCCUGGGUGACAUCACUUCCAUCCCGGAGCUCGCCGACUACAUUAAAGUCUUCAAGCCCAAGAAGCUGACGUUGAAAGGCUACAAGCCCUAUUGGUGCACCUUCAAAGAUACCUCGAUCUCCUGCUAUAAAAGCAAAGAGGAAUCCAACGGGACUCCUGCUCACCAGAUGAACCUGAGAGGAUGUGAAGUUACCCCUGAUGUGAACAUCUCUGGUCAGAAGUUUAACAUCAAACUCCUGAUUCCGGUGGCGGAGGGGAUGAAUGAAAUUUGGCUGCGCUGCGACACCGAGACGCAGUACGCCAGCUGGAUGGCCGCCUGCCGCCUGGCCUCCAAGGGCAAGACCAUGGCCGACAGCUCCUACAGCAUGGAGGUGCAGAACAUCCUGUCCUUCCUGAAGAUGCAGCAUCUGAACCCAGACCCGCAGCUGAUCCCGGAGCAGAUCAACACCGACAUCAACCCCGAGUGCCUGGUGUCCCCUCGCUACCUGAAGAAGUACAAGAACAAGCAGCCAGGCUAUGUAAGAGACUUGAUCACGGCACGCAUCCUGGAAGCCCACCAGAACGUGGCCCAGAUGAGCCUCAUCGAGGCCAAGAUGCGGUUCAUCCAAGCCUGGCAGUCGCUGCCGGAGUUCGGCAUCACGCACUUCAACGCCAGGUUCCAGGGUGGGAAGAAGGAUGAGCUGAUAGGCAUCGCCUACAACCGGCUGAUCCGGAUGGAUGCCAGCACGGGAGACGCCGUCAAGACCUGGCGCUUCAGCAACAUGAAGCAGUGGAACGUGAACUGGGAGAUUAAGAUGGUGACGGUGGAGUUCGCGGACGACGUCCGGGUGUCCUUCAUCUGCACGGAGGUGGAUUGCAAAGUGGUGCACGAGUUCAUCGGCGGGUACAUCUUCCUGUCCACGCGGGCCAAGGACCAGAACGAGAGCUUAGACGAGGAGAUGUUCUACAAACUGACCAGUGGCUGGGUGUGAGCCCCGCCCGCCCCAACACCCGGAGGAACCCCCAUGGCCAUAUUAAUUAAUAUUUAACUUUUCCAAAGCUGUUCUUCUUUGAGAUAAUGCUGCUUAAUAAAGUAAGCUUGAAAUGUAUCUUUUUUUUUUUUUUUUAUCAUUGGAAUUAAUUUUUUUUUUUUUUUUUCAUUACCAGACCAGUUAACCUGUGUGCACUAAUGAGCACUUCUGUUAAUUCGCUAUAACAAGACCGGGUCUGGGUCGUGGAUCCAGAUUCCUUGUGGGCAGAUCAGGAUAAGAUUUAACUGACUUAAAAAAGCCAAUUUUUGGAGAGAAUACUCUAAGCCAUCUUCUCGUAAAGCCAUCCAGGGCUUAACCUAUAUGAAGUCUACUUUUCAUGUUUAAUGCAUGAGUGUUUUAUUUUCUUUCUUUUUUU